UGCUCUUUUUUGCAGUUAGUAAUGAUAAUUAAUGACUGAAAGUAAUCUACAAAAUUUUUCAAAUUAAGCCCGUUAGAAAACUAAACCUAUUUAGAUAUGAGAAUUUUGAAAUUUUAAAUUAAUUUACUGUGACACAUACCCUAAAAAUCAGUGGAUAUUAAUUUUUACGAGAAAAAAACUGAAAAUGAUGCGAAUUAUAAAUUUGCGCUCAUCGCCAAGUAUGUUGAAGCAGUUACGUCACACAGGGACUUCUAGUAAUCUGUCAAUGCAACCAAUAGCUAGCAUGCAAUGUUCUGGAGAUUUAGAAAAGGCCAAGUCGGAUACAUCAAUAUCUUCAGUAGUUACUAAAGAUAAGCAAGCGCCCAUCUCCAAAGAAAAAGGAAAACUAGUUACAGCCGCUUUUGAGAAACUAAAAUUAUUAGAAACCCCUCAAGACAUGGAUGAUUCUGUAACAAAACUGAUAUCAGAAGCACAAAACUUGGAUGGUUUAUUGAGCAUAGUUAAAAUACGAAAGUUAACAAAGCAUCAUGCCUUAAAGAUUGUGGCAGUAUUAGCUGAUUGGACAGUAGAAGGCAAAGUGAAGACGGCAGAUUUUGAGAAAGACUCGAGGUUUGCCUCUGUUUGUUCCCUACUCGGAAGCUCUCCAAAGUUUCCCGACAAGCAAACUAAAUCCUCUUCAACCAACUCACAGGAUCUCAACACAGUUCUAGGAGUAGCAAGUGAUGAUGAGGCUGCUAAACUCGUAUCUAAUAUCAGUCUACCACAGAUGAUUAAGGUGCUUUCAACGUUAGCUUCGAAAAAGCGGAGAUCCACGCUGUUACUAAGAUCGUUAGCCUUCAAUAUCUCGAGUAGUACAGAGAAACUUGACAUUAAGCAGUGUGCAGACACGUUGUAUGCCGUGGCAUCACUUAACUUUCACGACGAGGUUUUGGUUGAACGUGUGUGUGCAGAUCUUUGUAGCUGUUUGAUGAAUAACUCACGGCGAGCCGUUGUUGGUUCAGUUAUCAAAAGUCUUGGACUUCUACGCUACAAACAUCUAGAUCUGCUGAACUUAUUGUGUCAAUGGGUUGAAAAGCACAAGGACACUUGCACACCUCAAGAUCUAUCAUCUCUACUUCUGACACUAGCUGUUGUCAACCACCUGCCAGACAACCAUCAAGUUCUUUUUCCGAUCAUACUUGACCAGCUAGUAUCAAGUGGAGUAUCAGACCCUUAUGAGUGGCUUGAUGUGGUCUGGUCUCUUACGGUAUUAAACAAAGAGACUACCGAGCAGCUCAAAUCUGUGCUGUCUUCAGAGUUCAUUGAAAAAAUUCAAGCGCUGAAUCCAGAAGGACUCACCAUCCCUGUGAAGUUGAAGCUGUUAAACAUCAACGGUGCUGCUAAAUUGAGGAGGAAGUAUCAAGGACCGUUGUUAGACAUGUCUCAAGAUUGGAAAGUUCCACUUCUCAGAUCAAAGGAGAAGCAAAGUCUGGUUGUAUCUGUCCAGGAGACUAUGAUGAAUCUGCUUCCUUCUACUCACUACCUAGCGACCAACAUUGAGACUGACAUGGGCUUCAUCAUCGAUGUUGAAUGCGUGAUGACUACCAAGUUUUCACCUUUACCCUUGUUUGACAAGAAAACUAAAGAAAGGAUCGAUCGAUCAGGCCCUGACACUCAGAAAGGAAUAAAAGUUGCUGUUCUGGUAUGGGACUACCACGACAUGACCCAUGGCCGUAAAGAGCCUACGGGAGUCACCAAGCUAUACCAAGACCUGACUCAUCUCAUGGGAUACAGAGUCGCUGUAGUGGACUUUGUCGAUUUCAACCCUCGCAGUAAACUCACAACCAGAGUACAGUACCUCAAUCAAAAGUUGAAAGCCUCGUUAGGAAUAAGUUAGCUGAUAAUAGGGUAAACAGAUUAAAAGUAUUACACAAUA